UCGGCAGAUGGAGGGAAUGGGCGUGACCAGCCCCCUCAUAUAAUAGGCUCGGAGCCGCCUUCUGUAGGUUCUUUUCGGGUUGUUCUCUUGCCGAAAGGAGUGGUGACUGUAAACAUUCAUUUCGCGCUUCAAAUCGUUCGCCGGCUCGUCACUAUGGCCACUAAGCGGGUGUUCUUCGAUGUCACCGCCGACGGCAACCUCUUAGGCCGCAUUCUUAUAGAGCUGAGAUUUGAUGUUUGUCCAAAGACCUGUGAGAACUUCCUUCAGUUGUGCACUGGAAAACCAGGAUUUGGUUACAAAGGCUCUUGCUUCCACAGAAUCAUCCCAGACUUCAUGUGCCAGGGUGGAGACUUUACCCACCACAAUGGAACUGGUGGAAAAUCUAUCUAUGGAAACAAGUUUGCUGAUGAGAACUUUUCCCUGAAGCACACUGGACCAGGAAUUCUGUCUAUGGCCAAUGCUGGCCCUAACACAAAUGGCUCCCAGUUCUUCAUCUGUACUUCUCAAACAAGUUGGCUCGAUGGAAAGCAUGUUGUGUUUGGUUCAGUUGUGGACGGCAUGGAUGUUGUGAGGAAAAUGGAAAGCUUUGGAUCUCAGUCAGGGAAGACUUCUAAGAAACUUGUGAUUGCUGACUGUGGCCAGAUUUAA